GCAUUUGUGCUGUUUGAGGGGGUUUCGAGCAUUCAAGCAGCAGCUGGAGCUGGGAACAGAAUCACAAUGAGCAACGCUGUAGAACCUGAGGCCAAGCGCACCAAAGUGCUCGAUGGCACUGAGCAAAGCAACCGUGGUGUUGAUACUACCAAUCCAUCGGCCACUCGUCCGGACACGACGAAUCAAUUUACUUCGUUGCACAACCGCCGCCGCGAGCUGCGGGCCUUGUUUGAGCCAUGGCGACGCGUCAUCAAGUCACCGGCCCAUCGGGCUGAUCUGAUUGAUCUGGCCCAUACGCGGGCCAUGACACCGGCCUCGACCGAGACCACCAACGAUGACUGGGUGCACGAAACGGUCCUUGAGGCUGCCCGCCUUUCGGAAGCCAUGGCAGCUUUGGCCAAGGCCCUGCAACAGCCUAGGCUGACGGCCGAGCAGCUUGAGCAAGUGCGCGCUUGUCUGGACAAGGCCCCCAAGUCAGACGACUAUUUGGCGCUUUCCUUCCGCCAAUGCCUGCAACUUUGGCUGUCGCAUCGCCAUGCGCCGACAGCGCUCUUGAUCAUUGACGUCCAAAACGACUUUAUUACCGGGUCGCUGGCCCUCUCUGCCUGCGCUGCACACCAGGAUGGAGCCGCCGUCGUGCCUGUGAUCAAUCAGCUGCGCGCGCGGGCGGCUUUUGACGUUGUCUUUGUGUCAAAGGACUGGCACCCGGCCGAUCAUGUGUCAUUUGCCGGCAACGCGGCCCCCGAGCAGUUAGCCGAAGUAGACCGCCCUCGUCAUGGAAGCCUCAAGCCCUUUGAUGAGGUCACGUUGGCCGAUGGGACCAAGCAAACACUGUGGCCAGCCCACUGCGUCCAGGAUACGCCUGGUGCCGACUUGGCCAAGGAUUUGCACGUUCUGCCUUCUGAUGAAUAUGUGUGCAAGGGUACCAACCGGUUGGUGGACUCGUACAGCGCGUUUUUUGACAACAGCAAAACGAGUGAUACUGGCUUGACAGCACGGUUGUCAGCCUUGGGCGUGGAGCGCAUCGUGGUGGUGGGCUUGGCCUAUGACGUUUGCGUGGCAUUUACGGCCCACGACGGCAAGAAGGCCGGCUUUGAUGUUGUUGUGGUGAGCGAUGGUUGUAGGGGCAUUGAUACAGAAGGGAUCGCCAAGGCUGAAGCCGGUCUGCAGGCCGCGGGGGUGACCAUCACGACGCUCGAAGCCUACGUCAAGUCGGAUCCCGUGGCAAGUACUCCGGAGGGCACUGCAGAGGUGACGGUGCAGGAUACCAAGUAGACGGCCCAAUUAACAUGUGAAGCAUCUACAUCCGUCUUUUGAAAGAAUGUGGUUCGCAUGGGUUUGAUCAGAGGUGCAAACUUCCCGCUCCAUGGCUCGACGGGUAUAGAUGAAGACCAGUCCCUGCUGUGAAAUUGGUCAUUGCUUGAAUUUUU